UGUUAAAUAAAGACAUAUUUAAAUCUCAUUUAAAGCCAAAAUAACGUUAAUGCAAUCAAGCCUUGCUCUCUAUGAGCGAUCGCACAGCUGGAUACGUUAAUAUACAAUAUGUAUACUACGAUCGCUCUGUAUUCUCUCAACGUCUCUCUCUCUACAGCUUCUGCAGCACCUCUUCACUUUAGGUUGCGUAUCGAGAUUUACUGCUAGUACUGAAAAUCUAUAGUAUAUGUGACGUAAACUAUAGAUUUUAAGGCGGGAACACAGACCCUUGCAUAGCUGCACAACCGUAUGCCUAAGGAAAUUGAUUGGUCCACUUUUUCUUAUGUAUGUGCUAUAGCUCUGCUCUCUGUACGUACCUUUAGUAACGUGAAUGCAACAUUUUGUAUCACAUUGUUUUCUGUUAUGAAUGUCAUGAUAAUUGGUUUUGAAAACUGGCAUUGUAUUAAGUUGUGCUAUUCGGUAAAGAAUUGUUAGUAAUCUCAUCAAAAAUGAAUGAAAGCCCACCGAUACAUAUUUCCAAGCACGAAAAGGAUUAACAGAAAUAAGAGAACAUAUCUCAGGCUGUGAGACUGAUAUUGGAAAAGAAAUGGGAAGAAGGAAAAGGAAGAAGGAAAGCACACAAAUCGAAUUUUCAGAUGAGUCUGAUAAUGACCAAGACAUAAAAAAUCAAUUUAUGACAAAAAAGUCAAGCAUUUCUUCACCAUCAGUAAGCCAUGUUCCUGAAGUUUUUAUACCAGUUGAUAAAAAUUCUGAUCAUAAGUACAAAAGAAAUGUAAAUCAAGAUUCCUCAAGUAUAAAAAACCUAAAAGUUGCAAGAUAUCAAGAUGAACUUACAUCAGAAAAUAUUCGUAAGAAUUUACUUAAAAAACGCAUUAGUAAAAGGAAAAAAAUUGUGAAAGAGGCUGAGAAGAAAAAGGAUGUAUUACUCACUGCACAUUCACAGCAAUCUAUAAAAUCUUCAGUGAACACUGCAUUCAAUAAUUUCAUAGAACUGUGUGAUAAGACUGAAAUAGAGACCAAAGAAGAGAUUGAAGAACCCAAUAGUUUUACAUCUUGUGCAGUAUCCUCCAAAACUUCAUCGUGUACUUCAGAAAAACAAAUAUUUAUUGUGAGUUCCACGAAUAUGUCCAAUAUUUCAAGGACGUCUGACGAUUCACUUGAAAAUCCACAGAAAUCUUCCGUGUUAAAUUUAAAAUCAGAAGAAUAUAAUCAGAUAAAUCCUUUGUCUCAUUCACUGAUGAAAGAUACUUCACUGGAUGUUCAAUCUGUACAGAAAGAGAAUCUACUUUUUUCUAGGACGAAAAGGCAGUUUGACUCAUCUGUUUGUAAUUUAACAGAUAAUAUUAAUGCAUUAGAUUUUAAUCUACAUUUUAAAACAUUGGAAAAAAAGUUAGAUGACAUUAACAGCAAGCUUGAUAUGAUUAUUAUGAAUCAAGAACAGUUAAAUAAAGGUCUGCUUCCAAAACAGGCUAUUAUCACUAGACCCCCAAAUCUACCUACUCUACCUUUAGAUGACAUAAAAGGACUUGAAGCGUUUGAGAAAUUUAUAUCUGAAGAAGUAAAUCUUUCAGCAACGUGCUAUUAUAUGAAGACUUUUCCUUUAGGAAAUAAUGAGAAAACUGCAACGUUAAAACUUAUGGCUAAACUGAUGACCAAUUCUUUAGCUUUACAUUUCAAUUUUGAUGGUCAAAAUACUCAGAAAGCACUUAAAAUUAAAAGACCAUUUAAAAAGCUAAAAUUGUGGGAAUUAGUACAAGGAGUGAUGCAAUUAAAAUUUCCGGCUAGUGAUUUAUCAGAAACUCUAAAUGCAGUCAGAAGUUGGCUACGAAAUGCUGCUGGGCGUAAAUUAUAAUUGAAAUGUGAAAGGAGGGUAUAUGAAAAUGGCCAAAAUUCGCCCCAAGCAAUAACCUAGAAAAACUAAUUCCACUAUUUCUUGAUGUAUUUUCAAAGAGAAAUAUUUAUAAUAUCGGAACGUGUGGGAAAAUAGCUGAUUACAAUAAAAUAUACAAAAUAUGUAAUGCAUGUUUUAUUUUUUUUUUUUAUUUCUCUAUGAUUAGACUUGUAUAUACGUUAAUAUAUGUAUUUAUGUACAUUUUGUAUACAAAUGUCUGUGCAACAGCAAUUUUCAAUAAAGAAGUAUUAAAUUUUUUAUAAA